AUGCUGAGGAAGAAGGUCACCGGCGGAGCGAUGAGCUCGUGUUGGCUGGGGAAGUCCGGCGACGAGGAAGCGAAGAAUCGGCUGAAGGAGGACGAAUGCGACGGCCACAGCAGCUGCGCAGCAGCGAUACUCCAAGCAGCAAGUCUUGGCGAUGUUCGGCGGAGCAGGGGCGCUGGUUCGCCGGACGCCGGAGCUCAGACUGAUGACACUUCUAGUGGGGGAGUCAAGGAAGUAUUGAUGUCCUCCGCAAACCUGGAUCCAGCAAUCCCUAUAGGUGCUGUUGACAAGGUCGCCAAUUUGGCCAAGCCCCCAGCAGAAACACAAGAGCCGAUUACCUCAUCAUCGGCUGUCCCCCUGGUCUCAGGAGAGGGUUGUGACCUCUCGGGCUUGCUAACGUUCGACCCUGAAUCCAUCGAACCAGCUCCUUCUACGGCAUGCGAUGAACCACGACCCAGCGCCGUCCAACGUCAAUUCCAGCGUCUCCAAGCCCUGCUUUCCUCCCCGAUCGAGACGUUGGUCGAAGACCCCGAGGAAGUGAAGAGUGUUCUUGAAGAAAUCCAGCACCACCUCCCGGUAACGUUGCAGGUGAAACUCUGGCCAGUUGUGACUCUGUCUGCCUACAGGUCAAGGGUGAAGUUAGCUCAUCAGAGAAUCGAUCUACGCCACGCCCAACUUCCGUUGAAAACCGAUAUUGCAGACAAAUGUCAGCGGCUCAACGAGAAAAAGGCGGCCUUAGAUGCCAAAACUGACACCUCUGUCAGCACCGCCGAACUUGAGACCUUGCGAAAGGAAUUGGAGGACCUUGAAGAGAGGGUCCGGGCAACCAAACAGCUUAUUUCUAAUAAGGAAGCUCUUAUUGCCCGCUCCCAAGAAGAAGCAGAAGGCCUCAAAGCUCAACUGAAAACUGAUCUGGCAGAAAUACGUGACCUGCACAAGCAGCUAGUGACGGGCAAGGACGAAGAUGAUGAGGCCGAGAUCGCCGAGGUGGAUCUUGUCCGUGCUGACGCCCUCCGUGCCUUCGAGGCAUUCCUUCCAUAGAGCCUAUCCAUGUAACCUGAUAACUGCUCGUAACAGCUUGUACCUCUAGAGUCGAUGGUUGCGCAUCGGCUUUUUAAU